GUAACACUUUUUUCGCUCCAUGCACACAUCUCUCUCAUUCCUCUCCUAAAAAGAAGCCUCAUUUUUAUCCACCCAAUCAAUCCUCUGACCACCACCACCACCACCUCCACCACCCCCUUGCCCUCACUUCCAAAACAAUCAUCUUCACUCUUCAUUUCUCAAAUAAAAAAGCCCAACCUUUUGUUUGGUAAGAAAGAAAAAAAGACCAAGAAAAUUACAGAAUGCUUAGUGUUCAUAAUUGCUUGAAUCAUGUUUUUAUGUGGGUAUUCAUAUUUUCACUUGAUAAAUAAAGGGUAUUCAAUAUUUUUUUGAUUUGGGGUGUUAUUGAAUAAAAAAUGGUAGAUCUGAAGGAAAUGGGAAGCAAGUGGAGGAAAGUGAAAAUUGCUCUUGGUUUAAACAUGUGUCUCUAUGUUCCUCCUCUAAAUGAUCCAGAUAAUAAUCCUUCCAGAUUCUCUGACGCCGCCGUUUCUCACUCUCCCGCCGCCGUGUCACGCGGUGGCUCCGCUACUCCUACCUCUUCUUCUUCUGGUCUCCGCUCUUCCAAAUCUGGACCUAAAUCCUCUAAGAGCACCUGUGCAAUAUGCCUGACCAACAUGAAACCCGGGCAGGGCCAUGCUAUAUUUACUGCGGAAUGCUCUCACUCUUUCCACUUCCAUUGCAUUACCUCUAAUGUGAAACACGGGAACCAGAUUUGCCCAGUUUGCCGAGCAAAGUGGAAAGAAGUUCCUUUCCAAAACCCAGUAUCUGAUACCUCCCAUGGAAGGCCAAGAAUUAACGCAGCUGGCUGGCCAGCAGAUGAUGCAUGGAUGACUGUUCUAAGACGCCUACCUCCUGCUCGGCUGGACACAAACCAGCAUGUCUCGUCAUUUUUUCAUGCCCAAGAACCCUCCACCUUUGAUGAUGAUGAGGCCUCAAAUCAGCAGCAUGAGAAUGGGCAUGCAGACCAAUCUGCCAGUGAUGGUGCAAGUGAUAGCCGUUCCAUGGGUACUGUAGAGGUCAAAACAUAUCCUGAAGUUUCAGCUGUUUCAAGAUCAGUCUCUCAUGAUAAUUUCUAUGUGCUAAUACAUCUUAAAGCCCCUGUUACGAGUAGAAGGCAAAAUAAUAAUUCUCAAAAUUCUCGCGCUCCAGUUGACCUUGUUACAGUACUUGAUGUUAGCGGUAGCAUGGCAGGUACAAAGCUAGCUUUGCUAAAACGAGCUAUGAGUUUCGUAAUACAGAACCUUGGCCCCGCCGACCGGCUUUCUGUCAUUGCCUUCUCAUCAACAGCACGCCGCCUUUUUCCUCUUCGUUGCAUGAAUGAGGCUGGACGGCAGGAGGCUUUACAGGCUGUUAAUUCUUUGAUCUCUAAUGGCGGAACAAACAUUGCUGAAGGCCUGAGGAAAGGCGCUAAGGUGAUAGUAGAUCGAAAAUGGAAGAAUCCAGUUGUCAGUAUAAUACUAUUAUCUGAUGGACAGGACACAUAUACUGUGAUUAGUCCUAGUGGAAGGAAUCCUAGAGCAGAUUACAAGUCUCUUCUUCCAAAUUCUAUUCAUCGAAACGGUGGCACCGGAAUAAAGAUUCCUGUGCAUUCAUUUGGGUUUGGUGCGGACCACGAUGCUGCCUCAAUGCAUUCAAUUUCGGAGAUAUCUGGGGGCACAUUUUCAUUUAUAGAAGCUGAGGAUGUGAUUCAAGAUGCAUUUGCUCAGUGCAUUGGAGGCCUCUUGAGUGUGGUAGUGCAGGAUGUACAGGUUAAAGUUGAUGGCGUUCACCCUAGUGUGCAAAUUUCUUACAUAAAAGCAGGUAGUUAUCAAACCAGUGUUGCGGGCAAUGGUAAAAUCGGUUAUGUUGAUAUUGGAGACCUAUAUGCUGAAGAAGAAAGAGACUUUUUGGCAAUAAUUAAUGUUCCGGUUGAUAGGAACUGCGAUCAGACUUUGCUGCUGAAGGUUGGAUGUGCCUAUAAAGAUCCAAUUACAAAAGAAAUUGUGACUUUGGAAGGAGCGAGUCAAGUGAAGAUCGAGAGGCCAGAGUUGAUUAGAGCUCAAGUAGUGUCGAUGGAAGUGGAUAGGCAGCGAAAUAGACUUCAUGCUGCAGAGGUCAUGGCUGAGGCUAGAACUGCUGCUGAAAAUGGUGAGUUAGCUCGUGCAGUCUCCGUCCUAGACAUCUGUUACAAGUCAUUGUCGGAAACUGUGUCCGCACAAGCUGGUGACCGAUUGUGUGUUGCACUAUGUGCUGAACUAAAGGAGAUGCAAGAAAGGAUGGCGAACCGUCAAGUAUACGAGACAUCCGGACGGGCUUAUGUCUUAUCGGGUUUGAGCUCACACUCGUGGCAGCGAGCAACUGCUCGAGGUGAUUCAACAGACAGUACCAGCCUCGUUCAAGCUUACCAAACCCCAUCCAUGGUUGACAUGGUAACACGGUCACAGACUAUGUUGUUAGGAAAUCCGUCGUCUCAUCGGAAACUCAGGCAAGCGCUGUCAUUUCCAGCUGCCAGGCCGCAGCCAAGGUAGACAUGGCAGCCAUAUCUUCUCAACCUAUAUUGAUAUAUUCUAUAUGCAAAAACCAUUUAGCCAGCCUAAAUUUUGUUUAUGAUGUUGCUGUCAUUUUGUUUUUCUGUUAUUGCUUAGAAUGGGAUAGAUUGGAAUUGUGGGUAUAUUUUCUUUGAUAUGGUAAUGUAAAUGAAUAAGAAAAUUGGGGGAUAGGUGAGAUGGGGGUACUAAGAGAAAAAUGGUGAGGUUUCAGGAGGGUUUCACAUAGUCUCAAUUAUGGGGUUAAUGUGUACAUAUGGAAAAAUUGGUGUUCUUUUGGGGUUUUUUCCUUAAAAGGAAGGGGGGGUAUAGCCUUUUCUUAACUGUGGAAUAUUUUGGGGGUGGAUUCUUGUCUUAAAUAUAUGAUAAUAGUAGUAUCAUUUAACUGUUUUUCA